AUGACGACUAUUGCUGAACCUCAAAAGGUGACUCUCAAUGGCUAUGUAGGGUUUGAUAGUAUUACUCGACAAAUUGAAAAGAAGUUACUUAAACGUGGUUUCCAAUUCAAUAUUAUUGUAGUUGGACAAACUGGACUUGGUAAAUCAACCCUUAUUAAUACUAUUUUUGCUGCACAUUUAAUUGAUAGCAAAGGACGUACUAGUGCUGAAGAGCCUUUUAGACAAACCACCGAGAUUCAAACAGUAUCACAUUUAAUUGAAGAAAAUGGGAUUCGUUUAAGAUUGAAUAUAGUUGAUACUCCUGGAUAUGGUGAUCAAGUCAACAAUGAGAAUUGUUGGGAACCGAUCAUCAAAUAUAUUAAGGACCAACAUAGCGCUUACUUACGUAAAGAGCUUACUGCUACACGCGAAAGAUACAUUCAAGACACCAGAAUUCAUUGUUGUUUAUUUUUUAUUGCUCCAACUGGGCAUGCACUUAAACCAAUUGAUAUUGUAGUACUUAAAAAACUUUCCGAAGUUGUCAAUGUAGUUCCUGUUAUUGCAAAAUCGGAUUCUCUUACAAUGGAGGAACGUAUUAAUUUCAAAGAAAGAAUAAAGUCAGAAUUGGCUUUCCAUAACAUUAAAUUAUAUCCAUAUGAUAGUGAUGAACUUGAUGAUAAGGAGAAAGCACUCAAUGAACGUAUCAAGCAAACAAUCCCAUUUGCGAUUGUUGGUUCUGAGAAAAAUGUUGUAAUUGAUGGCAAAUCUGUUCGCGGACGUAAAAAUAGAUGGGGUGUUAUUAAUGAUCUUAUUGAAACCACUGCUCAAAUUCACUAUGAGGCAUUCCGUUCUAAACAAUUAUUAGCUUUGAAAGAAUCUAGUUCUAAACAGAAUGAACAACAACAAUCAUCAUCACAAGCUCCACAAUCACCUGUUGGAUCUAGUAACUCUGUUAUUUAA